UAUUAGUAUUCAUUGCUCUUUCUCAAGCUCGUACAACCCGCCUCAGGAUCCGCCGCCGCCUCCUCCUCUCGAUGGCUACUUUCACCCAACCCCACCACCACCGCAGUUUCUCCACAUUCAACCCCUCCAGACCCAAACCCAAACCCGCUGCCGCCACCAGGAUCCGAAUGAGCCUUAAGGAGGACGCGCCCUCUGUUGCCGUGGUGGGCGUGACGGGCGCCGUGGGCCAAGAGUUUCUUUCGGUCCUCCACGACCGAGACUUCCCCUAUCGAUCCAUCAAGAUGCUUGCCUCCAAGCGCUCCGCCGGGAAGCACCUCUCUUUCCAGAACCGCGAAUACACCAUCGAGGAGCUAACUGCUGAUAGCUUUGACGACGUUGAUAUCGCACUCUUCAGCGCUGGUGGGUCAAUCAGUAAGGAAUUCGGGCCUGUUGCUGUAGAGAAGGGUGCGGUGGUGGUGGAUAACAGCUCGGCUUUCAGGAUGGAGGAAGGCGUGCCGCUUGUGAUUCCUGAGGUGAAUCCAGAGGCAAUGAAGGGGAUCAAAGCUGGAAUUGGGAAGGGUGCAUUGAUCGCAAACCCCAAUUGUUCCACCAUUAUCUGCUUAAUGGCUGCCACACCCCUGCAUCGACGAGCCAAGGUUAAACGAAUGGUUGUUAGUACAUAUCAGGCUGCCAGUGGUGCUGGUGCUGCUGCAAUGGAAGAGCUUCUGCAGCAAACACGCGAGGUGCUCGAGGGGAAACCACCUACUUGUAAUAUCUUUAAGCAACAGUAUGCCUUCAAUUUGUUUUCACACAAUGCUCCUGUGGUCUCCAAUGGUUACAACGAGGAGGAAAUGAAAUUAGUGAAAGAAACAAGAAAGAUAUGGAAUGACAUGGACGUUAAGGUGACUGCAACAUGUAUAAGAGUUCCAGUCAUGCGUGCACAUGCUGAGAGUGUAAAUCUCCAAUUUGAGAAUCCCCUGGAUGAGGAGACAGCGAAGGAUAUUUUGAGGAGUGCUCCCGGAGUAGUGGUUAUUGAUGACCGUGCAGCUAAUCACUUCCCUACUCCUUUGGAAGUAUCGAACAAAGAUGAUGUUGCAGUUGGCCGAAUCCGCCGUGAUCUGUCUCAAGACGGGAAUCAUGGGCUGGAUAUAUUUGUUUGUGGCGAUCAAAUACGCAAGGGAGCUGCCCUUAACGCUGUUCAAAUAGCUGAGAUGCUUCUAUAGUGGCAUUUGAUGAAGUGGUUAGACUGUCGUGUUACAUUGGAUUAAACUAUAGGUGAAGAGUCUACUUUAUGAUAGAUCCUUUUAGGAUGUGGAUCUUGUGAUAAGACUCAAAUAAGUCUUCCUAGUUUAGUUCCAAGUUGUAUUGUUUUCAUCUAAAUCCUUUCAUUUGAAGGGAAAUUUUGAUAAAUUAAUAUUGUUAUGGCUUCUGAGAUUCUUGUGAACUGACACAUUGUUGAGUAUCAGAUGUGGUGUUUCGAGCA